AUGAGUUUUUCAAAUAAUUACUUUCAGGAGAGCAAAGUCGUUUCUUCAAAAUCUUCGAGUCUCAAGGAGCAAGCAAAAUCUUUGGCGGACAAGAAGAAACUGCGGAGAGGCAAGCGACAAGUGCUUUUCGAGGAUGCGAUUAGCCCAAAUGAUGACGAGGACGAGUUCACAGAGGAAGACGCAAUUCGACAGCAACUGCAACAAUUGUCCGACGACGAGUUGGCUGCAUUAGCGGAUAUCGUUCGAGAGGAAAUGAUACGGUAUGACCAGCCACAGCAGAUGGUCGCAAUGCCGCAGUACGAAAUUAUCGAGAUACCUGAUGAAAUGUUGGGAGAUCAGGUGUUGGAACCAUUCCCAAGGGAUCGAAGGGCAAUGAUACCUAUAGACUGGGAACUGCCGACAAUGGAUGAACCACAGUAUAUCCCUCUACCUGACGAGGCAGUGAUCGAGGCGUUGAACGAUGAGCGAGAUGAGGAGGAACUGAGAGAACGCAUCGCUGAAAUCGCACAGAUCCUCAACGAACGGGCCACCCGACGAUCUCGACUAUUCUGA